CGUAGACCACGAGCUCGAAAGAAACUUCACCAUCUUCGUAAUAACUUUCUUUUCGUCGAGAACGCAGAUUCUUCGGAAGAGUCUGGUCAGACCUCACGACAGAUUCCACAUUCCUACGAGUGCCCUUUUAAAUGGGACCGAGAUGACGACCCGGCUCGUCUCCCUCGAUUCAUGACGAAGGCUGUAUGUCGAGAUUGUAAGCAUUACUGCCUACCUGUGCACUACUCACAGAAGGGACUGGUACGAAAAUGUGACGUCACGACAGGGGAGGUAGUUUGGAAAUGGAUAACAGUUGAACUUCCGGUAGCUUUUGUCUACAAUGCCUACUCUGGGUGA